AACGAGGGGAACGCGCACCGGUGACUUGUCCGGUCAGCUUCCACCUCCAAGUCCAAGUUAAACAGCCGGAGAACUUCAGGCUUCACUUCCUGAUUAAAACAGCACUUUAGACAAUGGCAGACGAGGAGAAUGGUAGUAAAGCAGCAGAAGGAGGCGACUCUGUGGAUGCCAAGGCAUCCAACCCUAAAGGGUCUGAGACUGUUCACACUGCAUCUGUUCCUGCCAAAAGCAAAGCUCCUGUUGAUAUGUUCAGAUACCGCAUGGACUACCCCAACCUUGGUAAAUGUAUCAUCAUCAACAACAGGAAUUUUGACCGGUCUACAGGGAUGUCAGAUCGGGCCGGAACAGAUGUGGACGCUGGGAAAAUGCUGAAAGUCUUCAGUGAACUGGGUUUCAAAGCGUCAGUCCAAAAUAAUCGAACUGUUUCGCAAAUGAGGCAGAUUUUAACAUCAGCGUCCAAGGAGGACCACAGCAAGUCGGCCAUGUUUGUCUGUGUCAUGCUGAGUCAUGGCGAUGAAGGAACCAUCUUUGGGACAGAUGGAUGCAUGGAGCUGAAGGAGCUGACUAGACUGUUCCGAGGAAACCAGUGCCCGUCUCUAGCUGGGAAACCUAAACUCUUCUUUAUACAGGCGUGUCGUGGAUCAGAGCUGGACCCCGGCAUUGAGACUGACAGUGUUGAUGAUUCAGAGGGCACACAUAAGAUUCCUGUCGAGGCAGACUUCUUAUACGCGUACUCCACUGCCCCAGGUUACUACUCAUGGAGAAACACAGCAAACGGAUCCUGGUUCAUAUCCUCCCUGUGUGAGAUGCUGGCUAAAUACGGCAGAGAGCUGGAGAUUAUGCAGAUCAUGACACGUGUGAACCACAAGGUGGCACUAGAGUUUGAGUCUUCCUCCAACACGCCAGGCUUUAAUGCUAUGAAACAAAUACCCUGCAUUAUGUCCAUGCUGACCAAAGAGCUGUACUUCCCAAAGUGACUGAUAGUUUCUAAGUAAAUGAAAUCUAUUUAGCAGGUUUUUCUAUAGAAAGGUCUUAGUUAGAGGUUGAUAGAGGUUUGAUUGACACUUUGAUUGGGCACAGUGGUCAGAAACAGGGGCCAACAUGGACAUUCCAAAUAUUAGCACAACAAUAACGUUUUUGUAUUUUUUGUUUUUACAACCGUUUACAGAUUUAUUUGUAACCCCUAGGAAACUCUUAGGCAAAUUGAUUUAAAUAUGAUUUAUAAAGAUCUAUUUAAGGAAUUUAAGGUCUAGCCUUAUAUUUUUGCAAAUAAACUCAGGGACAUUAAAUAAACUUUUUAAACCACACAGUUUUUUUUUUGUAUUGCUCACUUUAACGGGUCUUUGCAGGGCAUGCUCUUUGCAUGCUUUUAAUCAAAGUUAAAUAAAAAUGUAUUUUCUUUGAUAUGAAAAGG